CAGAUGCAUCAGUUUUGCUUUCAAAUUUCAAAGCAACACAUUAAAUAAAAAAAAAAAACGUAGUGAAAUCAUGUCUCUGACUAUUACCCCAACUGUUUCGCAUCCUGAGCUCAAGGAUCUGAGCACCGUUCGCAAUGAACAGAAGGAACUGAAUAUUUCGCCGGUUCACGAUGUGAAUAUUCCAAAGGCCACGGCCACCUUUGGUAUGGGAUGUUUCUGGGGCGCGGAAUCUCUAUAUGGAGCUACCCGUGGGGUCUUGCGAACCACCGUGGGAUACGCCGGCGGCAGCUCGGACUUGCCAACGUACCGUAAAAUGGGCGAUCACACGGAGGUGCUGGAAAUCGACUAUGAUCCCACUGUGAUCAGCUUCAAGGAGCUGUUGGAUCUGUUCUGGAACAACCAUGAGUAUGGACUGACCACGCCCAUUAAGCGCCAGUAUGCCUCCUUGAUUUUGUACCACGACGAUGAACAGAAGCGGAUUGCACAUGCUUCCAAAUUGGAGGAACAGGAGCGUCGCGCUCCAGAAAUCAUAACCACGGAAAUUGCGUCCAAGGAGAACUUUUACCCAGCCGAGGCGUACCAUCAAAAGUACAGACUGCAGGGUCACAAGGACCUCGCAUCCUCGCUGAAUCUCACCCCAAAACUGUUGCAGACCAGCUAUGUGGCCACCAAACUCAAUGGCUAUCUGGCCGGAGUCGGAGGCAUGGAGCAGUUCAAGGCGGAGGUGGAGUCCAUGGGUCUUACGCCCACCCAGCGCCAGUACUGUAACUACCACGUGGAGCAAAACGAGGGCCAGGGUCUCUACUGCUGACAUGGUCGAAUGUGCAUAGAUGUUAAGCGUAGAUCGUACACCUAGGGGGGUAAUUUUAUCAAGAGUUUGCUUGUUCAAAACAGAUUGUGUAUUAUGUAGAAUUAGAAAAGACACUUAAAUAUAUGGAAAAACAUAUAUAUUUUAUUAUAAUAAUAAAAAUAUAUCUCAAAUUAAA